AUUUUCCAGUUCCAAACAUGGCUCAGAUCAACAUCUGCCUCAAACACAUCUUCACCGUCUUCAACAUAUUCUUCAUGAUUGUUGGUGGAGUUGUCAUCCUCCUCGCUCUGUGGUGCCAGUUCUUCAUGGACAUUCGAGGAGGACACAACCUGGAGGGUUGCGCUACCAAACUCUUCAUCGUCUACAUCAUUGGUUUCAUCACCAUGAUGAUUGCCGUGCUGGGAGCCUACGGAGCCCACAAGGAGAGCAAAGUGGCCCUGAUCAUGUUCCUGGUGUUCAUGUUCACAGGAUGUCUGUUGAUGCUGAUGACUGGAAUCCCUGCUGCCAGCUCUUAUCCUCAGGUCAAAGGCAGAAUGGAGGAGACAUUCCGCAAGUUUGUUCCUCUGGACAAAUCUCGAAAGGAUGUGAGGAACAUGGCUGAGGACAUUCAGAAACAGUUUCACUGCUGUGGUCUGUUCAGCUACAAAGACUGGGAGAACAUCCCCGACUCCUGUGUGUGCAGCCAGGAGGAGGAGAAAGAGGGGAAAUGUCAGACUCUCAGAAAAAACCUUUACCAGAUUUUAACACGGCAGAGGAAGUCCGUCUACACUACGACCUGCUUUCCCAUCAUCAUGGACCACAUCCAGUUUACUAACAAAAUCAACAUUGGGGUCAGCUUCACUCUGGCUAUUCUAGCACUCCUUGGUGUGAUUCUUUCCUCCAUCAUGGUCUACCACCUGUAUUGCUCCAACAGCCACACCAUGAUGAUCCUCACGAGACCACCAAAAUACAACGAGAUGUGCAAACCUCCACCAUACUAGUCAAAGUAUGAUAGAGUUUUUUUCUUUUGCUA